AUGCCCUCAUCACUAGUCCUUCGAACGGAUCUCGGAGAAAUCACUCUCCGGCUGUUACCCGAGUCUGCACCACAGACGGUGGCCUACGUCUCCAAACUGGUGGAUUCCAAGAUCUACAAUGGGACAUCGUUCUAUCGCUCCGAUUUUGUCAUUCAAUUUGGUCUCCACCCCAAGAAGAAUCCUCAUGGCGACAUGACCGUGAACGAAACGACCUACAAUGGCGUCGUGUCCAAUGCACGGGGGACGGCGGCCUUGGCUCACUUUGAUGUUCCGGAUUGUGGAAGCAGUGAAGUCUUUAUCAAUUUAUCCGACAAUCCGCAUUUGGAUGCCGCCUAUGGUGGAUUUUGUGUCUUUGCCCGCGUCGAGAACGACCCCGCGAGUUUUGCCACGGUGGAUGCCAUUGCGGCUGCCGUCAAACAACAGGGAACGGUGGGAAUACGAGAAAUUGUACUUCAAUAG